AUGGCUACUAUCGUUGCUGCCUGGCCUGAAACUGCUGAGGACAACGUACCUACAGUGCCAUGUUUAUCUGCUGAUGGACAUUUACUUGUACUAAGUGCUGGCGCAAGUCGUGUGCGCUAUGGCGUAAGUGUGACUUUUAUAAUGGUCUAUCCUACCGAUGUGAAACGUGUCUUACCAAAAGAGAAUUCAAUACAACCGCUUUCUUCUAAUUUGUUGAGCUUGUGGUGUGUUUUUGAUGAUGGAUCGGUGACAUCCGCAUACAGUUACGAUUCAAGCUAUGGCAACGAUCGUGUAUCUCUCCUUGAUUGUUCACUCAGUCCCUUUGCUAGUGACCAAUUAUGGCGAUACAAUCGAACAUUACGAGUGUAUCUUGCUUCGACAACAGACAAAGAUCGAAAUGUACCCAUUCUGAAAGCAUUUAUCACUGUUCCAAUACUUUCUUUAAUCCCACCCAAUUCUAGUCAGGAAUUGUUAACAUUAUGUACUUCACCACUACACAAUGGAGCUGAAUAUUUAACUCAAUGGAUAGAAUUCCAUCGACUGGUCGGUUUUCGAAAGUUCGUUGUUUACAAUACAACUGAUAACCAUCAACGCUUGUCAUCUGUUGUCAAUACUAUCAAUCGAAAAUAUUCGAAUCUAGUUGAUGUUGUUCAAUGGAAUUUCUCAUCUCUUGGUCUGACUGACAUUUUGUCGGCACGAUACUUUCAGACUGAAGCUUUGCAUGAUUGCCUGAUUCGUUAUGGUGAUCAAUCAGAAUGGUUAGGUAUGUUUUAUCUCGAUGAGUACAUUGUGCCUCUUGAUCCAUAUCAAACUGUGCUUGACUAUUUGCAUGACAACUUUCGUCGACGUAUCAUCGGAUCUAUCAAUUUAUGGAGUCAAUUCUUCUGCACAAAAGAAGCUGAUAGGUACACACGCGAAGAGAAUGACACAAAUCGUUUAGUUAUCGAUCGAUUUAUUCUUCGCACACGUGAUCGUUAUAAAAAAGGACGCGAAAAAUACCUUUAUCGACCACGUUUUGUUCAGUAUUUAUCUAUUCAUCACCAAAUCGUCGGUCUUUCAAAGGAAGAGCCCUCACAAAAUCACAUACUUUUGGCUCAUUAUGCAUCGAUGAAUCGACUCCGAAAUAUGGGUCGCAUUCUUAGAUUUCUUUUUGGUACUUUAUCUUUUAUAAUAGCAUUGAUUGCAAUUGGUCUUGGAUAUUUAAAACUUGAUAAUGUUUAUCGACAAAAAUUCUUUGCUAGUUUUUUAAAUAAAUUAUCCGAUCCUAAUAAUUCUGCUAUCAUGAAUCUACGAUGUAAUGAAUUAUUAAAACAUUCUAAUGUUAAAGGUCAUGUAUUAGAAAUUGGUGCUGGUACAGGAAUAAACUUUCCAUGUUUAUAUAAUAACACAAGGAUUAAAUCAUAUAUAGGUAUUGAACCUAAUAUUCAUAUACAUCCAUAUUUUUAUAAUUUUAUUAAACAAUGGGACAUUCCAUAUAAAGUUCGUCUUUUGAAUAAUUCAGCAACAGAUAUGCAUGAAGUUGAAUCGAAUAGUAUUGAUACAGUUAUUAUGACAUUAGUAUUAUGUAGUGUACCAGAUCCAUUACCAGAAAAAAUUCUUCUUGAAGCACAUCGAAUCUUAAAACCAGGUGGACAUUUUAUUUUCUUUGAACAUGUUGUUGCUAAUCCUAAAACUAAUCCAUUUAUUUAUGGAUUUCAAAAAACGAUUGAACCAUUUUGGGCUAUUAUUGGUGAUGGUUGUCAAUUUAAACCAAUAACAAAUUACUUCGAUGCUAUGAAAAAUGUCUAUUCAAAAGUUAAAUAUAAACAUACUGAUUGGCCUUCUCCGUUUUUUUUUGUUAAAGAUGCUGUCAAAGGAAAAUUGAUCAAAUAA